AUGGCCUCCUUGAGCUCCUUGGACUCGGACUCCCUCUCUGCUCCCCUUCCCACGCCUCCUUCCACUUGCCUUCUUCCCCCCUUCUCCUUUCCUUCCUCUCAGGCGAGUAUUCCUGACCUCGCCUAUCUCGCUCUACCCUGUCCUGCCGCUGCUGGUCUUCUCGCUUCCUCUCUUCUGCCCCCGAAGCAUGUAGUGAUCCUCGCCUGUCCUCCCUGCGGUACCCCUCUUUGUGCUCUCUUCCCUUCUGCGUUGAGUCCCACCCCUCUUCUUCACCAUCGCUACGCUCUCCCUCCCUCGGCAGCCCCAAACCUCGCCAGUCACCCCUCGCCACGCGCCGCCUGCGCUCAUACUUCUCCCUCGGCUCGGGCGAGCGGAAUGCUCCAGUGGGCGCAUGACAACUCCUCUCUCUUCCUAGAGGCUCCCUGGUACGCGCUCUUCCUUCCUCCCUCCCCCUUUCUCGUUACCUGUUUCUUCGCGACGCCGUCGCCUGUCUCCAUCGUUCCUUUCCUCUCCGUGCCACCCAUCACCCCGUGCAGCUCCAGGCCCUUCCUUGGUGGCGUCACGUCUUCCGUCUCCCCGCGUCGUUGGGAACACUGCGUCUUCGGCGUCGUUGCGCCUUCCGCUGCCCCGCGCAGUGGGGGUUCCCUCGCCUUCGGCGCCUUCGCGCGUUCCGCCUCCCCGCGCAGUGGGGGGUCCCUCGCCUUCGGCGCCGCCGCGCCUUCCGCCUCCCCGCGCAGUGGGGGAUUCUUCGCCUUCGUCACCGUCGCACGUUCCGCCUCCCCGCGCAGUAGGGGAUUCGCCUUCGUCACUGUCACGCGUUCCGCCUCCCCGCGCAGUGGGGGAUUCUUCGCCUUCGUCUCCGUCGCGCCUUCCACCACCCUGCGCAAUGGGGGAUCCUUCGCCUUCAGUCUCUUCUCGAUCGUCGCUGCCCCGCGCGACUGGGGCUUCUUCAAUUUCUUCCUCCCCAUCGCCAUCGCUCGCCGAGUCCAUCUCCACGUCGUCGUCGCGACGCCUUCCAUCCAUUCCGCGCCGGCAUCCUGCCAGAUCCCACGGAUCGCUGGUCGCGGGCCGCCUCCCAGGCUCCGAUCUGACAUGCAGAUCCGCUCCGCGUCCUCCAGCGCGCACGCCCACUGGCGUCACCAGAUCUGCGCGAUACGCCGCCCUCCUUGGCGAGCGCGUCGGCGACCUCCCUCGCUCCCUUGA